AUUGUUUGCAUCGUCACGUCAAUCAGAAAUCAUCGAAUGUACAUUUUGUCAUGGUUUCUCGACGCAAAAGUCAAAUGCGAAAACGUUUUAAGUCUGCAGCUAUAUAAAUGGUAUUUGUAAUAAUUACUAACGAAUUGUACAGUGUUCAUUGUUUGUGUGUUUUUCGGGUUCUUGAUAAGUGAAAUAGUUGAGAGUACGUUGCACUCAAAGAGGAUAUUAAUAUUUUGCGUAUCAGAACGAGUUUUCCCUACGAUGAGGUUACAAGCAGGAAGAAGAAAAAAUACACAUUUUCGAGCAAAAUAUUAAGAAGCAGCUCAGUAGUGUUGCAUUAUUUGUUGGAAUCUGGUGUGGUAAACAAGAAUAAGAAGAUUGCAAAAAAUGUGAAUGUAUGUAGAACAGAAUACGAAAUCAUGCGUGGUAAUAUUAUUCCUAAACUGCUGAAAGCUCAACGUGUUUGUCUAUUUAGAUGUGAUUUACGCGAGCAUUGAAAUGUAUUGCGUCUGAUAUACAAAAAAAAAAGAAAGAAAAAUAACCUGCCUAGAAAAAAAACCACCAGAAGAGACGGUACCACGAUUUGAACAACGACAUUGCCAGUGCUGUCGAUUGAGACGGGAGGCGAAGUCCUCAUCGCAUAGCAAAUUGCAGUGUGCUCGAGAGCGACCAGUGAAAGUGCACGCGCGCUCUAAAUUAACACGUCGUCAUUGCCGCUGUCGUCGUCGUCGUCGUCUUCGUUGAGGAACUUUUCAAAAACUGAACGGCUUAGAAAAAAAAAAAACAUUAAUACCUCGAAUUUGUGACUUCAUCAAGGUAACCCGUGACAGUGUAGUGAAAUCAAAUCGUAAUGUCUACUGCGGACAGUAAUCCGUCGCAGACGGUUCCGAUAUCGCAGCCCACUCGUGUUACCCAACCGGUUGCCAUCACUGCCCAAAUCGUGAAGGAAGGUUGGCUCUACAAACGUGGUGAACAUAUUAAGAACUGGCGCUCGCGAUACUUCAUCCUUCGGGACGAUGGAACCUUGGUCGGGUACAAGAAUCGACCGGAUGCCUCGUUUCAAGCGGAACCCUCGAACAACUUCACCGUGCGCGGUUGCCAGAUAAUGUCAGUCGAUAGACCCCGGCCUUUCACAUUCAUCAUACGCGGCUUACAGUGGACCACCGUUAUCGAGCGGAUGUUUCACGUCGAGGAAGAAAAAGAACGUCAGGAAUGGGUCGAAGCGAUCAGAAGUGUGGCUAAUCGAAUAACGGAAGCCGAAGCAUACCAGGCAGGAUCACAAUCGAACGAAGACGUAGAAAUGGCAUCCAUUGCUGAGGAUGAACUGUUGACUGAGAAAUUUUCGGUACAGGGAACCUCCACUGGGAAAAUUAGUGGUAGAAAGAAAGUGACACUGGAAAAUUUCGAGUUCUUAAAAGUGCUCGGCAAGGGAACCUUCGGAAAGGUAAUUCUGUGUCGUGAAAAGACUACCGCCAAACUGUACGCCAUCAAGAUUCUCAAGAAAGAAGUCAUCGUCCAGAAAGAUGAAGUCGCCCACACGAUGGCGGAAAAUCGUGUGCUGAAAAAAACAAACCAUCCUUUCCUGAUAUCGUUGAAAUAUUCUUUUCAAACCGUCGACCGCCUGUGCUUCGUGAUGCAGUACGUCAACGGGGGAGAGCUAUUUUUCCAUCUGAGCCGCGAGCGAGUUUUCUCCGAGGACCGAACACGAUUUUAUGGCGCCGAAAUCAUUUCAGCAUUGGGAUACCUGCACUCGCAUGAAAUUGUCUACCGAGACUUGAAAUUGGAAAAUCUGUUGCUGGACAAGGACGGCCAUAUCAAAAUUGCUGACUUCGGACUCUGCAAGGAACAGAUCACCUACGGACGCACAACGAAAACCUUCUGCGGUACACCGGAAUAUCUGGCACCGGAAGUGCUGGAGGACAACGAUUACGGCUUAGCGGUUGACUGGUGGGGUACCGGUGUGGUUAUGUAUGAGAUGAUGUGUGGUCGACUACCGUUCUACAAUCGUGAUCACGAUAUCCUGUUCACGUUGAUUCUGAUGGAAGAGGUUAAGUUCCCACGAAAUAUCAGUGCCAACGCGAGAGAUUUGCUCAGUGGACUACUAAUGAAACAGCCCAAAGAUCGACUAGGCGGUGGACCAACCGAUGCGAAGGAGAUAAUGCUGCAUCCUUUCUUUUCCAGCAUCAACUGGACCGAUUUAGUGCAGAAACGCAUAACACCUCCUUUCCAGCCUCAGGUGACCUCCGAUACCGACACGCGCUACUUCGACUCGGAGUUUACCGGUGAAAGUGUUGAGCUUACUCCACCUGACAAUAGCGGUCCACUGGGAGCCAUACAAGAGGAACCACAUUUUUCACAGUUCAGCUAUCAAGACAUGGCAUCCACCUUAAAUACACCGUCGUUCAUCAACAACCCGACCAGCUUCGUGUCGAUGCAGUGAAGCUACAUACGGAACAGAGCGAGGUCAUGCAUGCAUACGGCAUCAACACCAAUGUCUUGCGAGGCAUCGAAAUCGUUACCAAUACGACUUGCCCCGUAUACUUUUCAGCGGGCUUGAUGCGUUUGUUGUCAUUUUUGUUUGAAACCGUUACAAGAGUGCUUAAGACCGUGGGUGCGGUGCGUUUAAUUCAGGUAAGCCUUUUCCAUUGUACAGUCACAUUUUGCAGUUCGGAAAAUGCAUUAGGUUGAAAGUGUAGAUGUAUGAAAUCGAAUCGAAUGAAUAGCAGGAAAUGGGCCCAGGAGGCUAGCAACAAUUUUUUCAGAUUAGUUGACAGGAUGAUGUCCACAGGAGCAUAGUACUCAAGGAACAAUCCCGCAUCAACAAGUACGCCUCAGCAAUAGACCGGUUUAUUUCAGGUAACGCUAAUAACGAAACAAAACAAAAUGCAAUCACACAGCAGUGGUCAGUCAAUAGUAGGACCCAAAACGAACAAUAGCCCGAAAGUAGGAAGACACGCAAGUCGCUCAGGCUGUGCAAUCGAUGUGAACCCAUUCCAAUAAAUUUUUUCCCACCCGCCACCAAUCAACAUAAAUAUGAAAACAUGCAAUGAAGAACAAUUAAACUAAGAAACCACACACACCUCUCCUGCGAAUAAAAUUGCUCUUCCUUGACAAAAAAAAAAAAACAGAAGAAAACUGAAUAUGCUACCAGGUGUAAGGAUAUAACAAAAAUGAUACUAAAUAUAAUAUGAGACGGAUCGAACUGUGAUAAAAUUGUAAAACCAAUGUAAGAAUAAUCAAGGGAUAAUGGAAGCAAACGAAAGUGUUAAAAUGCAUAAUGUCAGCCCUUAAUUUUAACUAGCUGUAAGAAUAACCAAGAUGUCAUAAUAAACAUUUAUCGUAACUAUCAUUGAAAGUUAUUAACAAGUACUUCUAUGGAUUUCAAAAUUAUUUCCAAACUACGCGUCACGUGGCUCCCGGCUCUAAAGCGAAUAGGAAAUCCUUUUAAUUUUGAUUUAUAAAAUAAGCGCUGAUAUCAUGAAUAUCACCUAUUGGUAGUUUGUGUAUGCCCGCGGUGCUUUGGUAGCAAGAAUAGAUUUGGAAAUUUUUGAAUUAGCUUAUAACAUCUACGAAAAAAAUGAGGCUUCGACAGAGCUUUACCGGAGCAAAUUAGUAUAACUUCGUUUUGAAAAGAUUCUAAGUAAUUAUCGGUUUCCAAAGUGUUCCCUACAUGUGGGAUGCGAGAUAAUGGAAAUUAUUUCAUUUGUCCAAAAUUCGGCGUAGUGACGAACUGAAGAUAAUAAACGAACACUUCACAUAUUAUUUUAUUUUUUGUGUAAAACCAAAUGAAAUAACUUAAUCGAUUAUAUGCAUUAAUGAAAAAAUAAAAAAAACACUAAAUGCAGACGGCAACGUUGUGAACUCAAGUGCAUGAAUGAUUAGCUAAGCACAAAGUACUCACAUUGAAUGUCACUAGUUUGUUCAAAGCGGAAAUGUUAAAACUAACCGUUUUUUUUUCGGGUGUACGUUAUUUGGCCGAAAUUUCUUUGGCAUAAGUUCGUUUUGCAUAAAUUUGUUUGGCAUAUUGUCAUUUGGAAUGAAAUAAAGAGACAUACUGUUUCAUUUGGCAUAAUUUCAAUUGUGCAUUUUUCCUUUAUAUAUUCGAUUAGUUCAACUUUCUCUUGCAGAGCAAUAACUCUCAGCUUUGGGUAGACCGGGUAAACGGGUAGAUUACAGGUUUGUGUGUGGGGGCCGCCACUACCGACAAGUUGCGAGGAGUCCGCUAAAAGAAUCACACAAUUGGAACAAAUCGAAAAUCUGAAGGAAAUGUGCACAAUUGAAAGUUAUGCCAAAUGACACACUAUGUCUUUUUAUUUCAUGCCGAACGGCUUUAUGUCAGACAAAUUUAUGACAAUCAAAAGUUAUACCAAAAGAAUUUUCGCCAAACAAAUUUCGGCCAAAUAACGUACAACCUUUUUUCACAUUUUGGCAAUGGGGUUUAAAUAGCUGGUAUAUUCUAGGAAUUCAUUUGAAUUCAACGUGGUUUAUGAAAUCAAUAGCAAAUCAGCUUAAAUUCGAAUCAGGAUAGAACGCUUCUAAGCGAAUCAUUUCCGGUCUCCUGCGAAAUCACUUUGCUUCGAAUAAUCUAAUCAGGCCAUAAUGCAGAAUCAGUAUAUUAUAACGUAACGAUGAACGGCAAUUUUUAAUUUAUUGAUAUCUUCUGAAUACUUUACCGGUACUCAAUCAAGUCACCGUUCAACGCGUUACCGUACGUCUUAAUUAUUGUGCUUGACUGACGAUUGAACAUUCGGCGAGUUUGUCAUAUUGGUAUAUACCUAAACAUGGGGAGCAGUUGAUAAACUGAACAUUUAUACACAAAAAAACACGAUAACGAAAACACAUUGAACACACGGAAAAUCUGAAAUAUAUCACUGCCUUAGAUAAGAGAAAAAUCCUAAUAAGACAGCUCAGCUUGAGCUGUAUGUUGGAUAACGCAACAUUACUAUGAAAUUCUUGAUAAGAAGAAAUAAAACGAGAUAUAAUAUUAUGCUAGUGUUAAGAAAGGUACUAAGUAAUUAUUGAUAACCAUGAAGUCUGUAGUUGACUAAAAACUAUUAUAGAAAAGAUAAAACCUAAAAUAUCGACCGUUAGAAUAAUCAUCAUUUGGGAAACAAAACAAAAACGACGUUAAUUUAAGUGAAAAAAUAUAAUGCUUUAAUCAGUAGUAAAA